UGAACACACCAUACGAAUUUAAACAAAAAAAGAGGCUCGUGAUCACGAGCUCCAAAAGUCUAACAAUCUAAGCCACCCUCCAUCACGUUUCUCUUCGAGUCGUUCCAUCCGACCGGCAAAGAGCAAUAUUCUGUGCUACAAUCUAUCUAUUCAUUCAUUCAUUCAUCAAUAGACAAUACCAUACUGCGCAUAUCGACAACAAACGACCCAGAGUAGCCCCAUUUGUCGAGUUUUCGAUUCUCUUUGACCGACGUAAUGCAUUGUUAGUCUCGUCAUGAACCCAUAACAAACGCAUUGUCACACCGCCCGAUCGAAUCUUGCGAGCAAACGCUGGCUUUCAAAGGGCCGGGAGAAUACAAAGUUACGGUCUUUCGUACCCGACCUAGUCGCUAUUUGAUCUAGCAAUAUAUUCCUAGACUUUGCGACAAGUUGUCGACUGUUAGCUUCGAAGGGCCAUCUCGAACAAAUCGACGCCGAUCUUUUACAUAAUAUGUCUUUCGGACAACAGGUCGUCAUGCCUGGUGCGUUCUAUUUCGAAGGCACUCAUCACGGCUCUCUAUCUGGCGUCAAUCCAGGAAUGUUUCGACCGCCGAUAUCACCGUCUAGUUCAGAUUCAUUAUGCCUCGGGAGAUCCAGCGGAACCCUAUACUCGGAUACGUCAACACCAAUCUCAAACGCGAAGAGAAAGCGACACAGACCUAACCCGUCGACGCCUUUGAGGAGUUGGGCUAUGCCUACCUACGAUGCAGGGCUAACCGACGAUGCGCGCGAAGAUAAAUCCGAGACGGAUAAAUGGAGCGGAGAGGGGGAGGGACGAUACGUUUUGGCUGGCCAGAUCGCAACCCCGGACGGGGUGGCCCCCUCCGAUAUUCAAGAUGCAAUGGAUGAUAGCAUUUACUCUGAUAUUGAUUAUAGACGUGUACUGGCUUCUAGACGCCCGCACUCCGAAAUCGAAUCAUCUAAUUAUAAUCUUUCAGAUAGGGCCAUACCCCCGUCGCCUCAAACGAGACGAAAUGGAUGGGGAUCACUUGCUUUAAGUACGAUAGGUGGGGUUGUUGGGAAGGUAUUUGAAUUCUGUAAAUCGGGUAUGUUCCGUGGUUUUUAUGCAGGCGGUGGUAAAGGAUACGAAAUGAACGCACCUGCUAUACAACAGACACCUACAUCCGGCCAAGUUUGGUGUAAUGAGCACGAUAUUCCAACCCUUCCAAGUUUCGACGCUACCACGAUUAUGAACAGUCUUCCCCAGUCGGACUAUUCUCCAUACCAUUAUGAGCAAGAGACGCCGGAAUCAACGCCGCCCCCGGCAGCAAAACGGCGCCAGAUUUAUGAAGGGGCUCUUAACACUGAUGAACUUCGCAAAAACUGGGUCAUGGUCCAAGAGCCUGCCGAGAAGACAAGGCCACAAAGCAGGGCUUCGCGAGCGCCGACGAGCCAUGUUCCAGAGCAGCAGACCCUUAAACCGCUUCCCCAUCGCCGCAUCAGUCGACCAAUUAGUCGAGUGAGCAAUCGUACCAGCACGCCUAGCUUUGUCCGACGUCAAGGGAGUAGAGUAACUCCUACUGGGUCUAUUUCCCUAUCUAACUAUGAACCUGCAAGCUUUGCAUCUCCGAGGCCCCACUCACCCUCCCCAUCGCAUAUAACUAGCCGGAUUCCCGUUCCGAGCUGCCCUCAAACCCCGAUUAGAAUUUCACCUGCCCGCCCACUACACCAACCCUCGCUUAUCCCAACCCCCAGCAGCACCCAGCCGAAGCGUAGCCAUCGGAGGAACCAUAGUAAUGCGUCCGCCGCAUCAAUGACACCGGGUAGAGUAAGAAGGGGUGAGUCCUCGAUACAUGAGUUUGAGGAUAAUAGCCCCCGACUAGAUGCCGAGGCUAAGAACCUAGCUGCGAAAAUGUAUCAGGAGGAAAUGGAGGCUGAUAUGCGGAUGAGUGAUCUUAAUGCCAGGCUCAUGGACAUGAUCCGACAAGGGAAGGAAGCUCUAGGUACGACUAUCGAAGUAGAAGCAGGUAAUCAUAAUGGAGGUAUGGAUCCUUGGGAGGAUGCAUGAGCGAAGGGAGAGAGAAGGGAUUGCAAAUGGGAUGGUUUGAUUC